ACCUCAACCCAAAAUUAAAAAAAAAAAAGAAAUCAAUUUUAUUAAAAAAAUUAAAAAGAAAGUUAGGGUUUGACCAGAAAAAAAUUGCACACAAUCGCGUGCGACCCACAUAGUGGAAUUCACCGAUUCGGACAAGCCUCGUUCCUCUCAGUGAACCUUCGCCCCCCUCUCACCAAAGAUCCACACCCACUUACCCCUCUCCUUCUUCCGAAAUUCGCGGCUUUUUUUGGAGAGAGAAAAUCGGAGCUUUUUAGAGAGAGAAAAAAUGGCAGAUGCUUCUAUACCCUGAAUCCAGAACAACGAAAAGAUUGGGCCUUUCUUCAAUUUUGUACUGAUUUGAGGCUUUUUUAACCCUGUGGGCUCUCCAAUUUUGAUGAUUUUUGAGUUUUUCUGUUGUCUAGAAUGAUGGGGUGUUUGUACUGUGAGUGAUCUGAAUUUGGGGGUUGGGGAAUUUGGUGGGUGGAUUUGUGCUCCAUGCAGUCAGGUGGCGGUGGCCGGAACCCUGGGGUUGGCCGGACGGGCUCCACGGCGACGUCGUCAGCUGCGGCGUCGCCGUCGUCUUCGUCUUCGGCAUCCCAAUUGGGGCUUGAUCAGCAUCAUCUUCAGCAGCAGCAGCAACAACAACAGCAGCAGCAGAUAAGUUCUAGUAGACAGUCAUUUCAACAACAGUUACUUAGAAAACCUGAAGGGAAUGAAGCUUUCUUAGCAUAUCAAGCUGGGCUCCAGGGUGCCUUUGGGAAUAACAAUUUCUCAUCUCCUGGUGCCAUGCAAUUGCCCCAGCAGUCUCGAAAGUUCAUGGAAUUAGCUCAACAUGGAGCCAGCCAAGAUGGCCAGUUCAGGGCUCAAGGUGUUGAGCAGCAAAUGAUGAAUCCUAUGCAUCAAGCAUGCCUUCAAUAUGCACUUGCGCAACAAAAAUCUGCGAUGGGAAUUCAGUCGCAGCAGCAAGCUAAAAUGGGAAUGUUAAACCCAUCUCUGAAGGAUCAGGAAAUGCGCGUGGCAAAUCUGAAAAUGCAGGAAAUGAUGGCUAUGCAGGCUAUGCAUCAAGCUCAAGGAUCAUCAUCUAGGAAUUCUUCCGAACAUGUGUCACGUGGGGAAAAACAGAUCGAGCCAGGACAGCAGACAGCUCCUGAUCAGAAGACCGAAGGAAAGCCUUUAUCCCAAGGACCAGCUAUUGGACAUGUAAUGCCUGGCAAUGUGGUGAGACCAAUGCAUGUGCCAGAAUCUCAGCAGGGAAUUCAAAAUUUUAUGGCAAUGUCUGCGCAAUACCAGGCUAUGCAGGCAUGGGCACGCGAACGCAACAUAGAUUUGUCGCAUCCUGCAAAUGCUAACAUAAUGUCGCAGCUCAUUCCAAUGAUGCAGGCAAGGAUGGCCUCCCAACAAAAGGUCAACGAGAGCAACGUUGGUGUUCAGUCAACACCUGUUCCUGUUUCAAGGCAGCAGGUCACUUCUCCAGCUGUUGGAAGUGAGGGUUCUGCACAUGCUAAUUCGUCAAGUGAAGCAUCUGGGCAGUCAGGUUCUUCAAAAGCCAGGCAGUCAGUUCCACCCGGCCAUUUUGGCCCCACAACAAAUUCUGGCAUAGGCAGUGGCUCCAGUGACAUGGUGAUGCAGCAACUUGGUCCUCAAGGAAGAGAGUCUCCAGCCUCUUUGAGGCAACCAGUCUCAGUGGGAAAUGGAAUGCCCUCUGUGCAUCCUCAUCAGUCUUCUGCCAACAGGAACUCAGGUGCAGAACAUCCCAUGGGUGCAAAAACUUCAUCAUCUGGUUCAGAACCCCCGCAAAUGCAAAACUUAAGGCAGGUAAACCAAUCCUCAUCUCAGGCUGGAGUUCCAACAAAUGAAGGUGGCUCGGGAAGUCAUGCUAAAUCUCAAACGGCACCACCAGCUCAGAUGCCUCAGCAUCGGACAGGAAGCGCGUUUACCAAGCAGCAGCUUCAUGUUCUUAAAGCCCAAAUACUUGCAUUUAGGCGGCUGAAGAAAGGGGAAGGUACUCUGCCUCAAGAACUUCUACGUGCUAUUGCUCCGCCGCCUCUUGAGAUGCAGGUGCAACAUUCAAAUCAUCUCACGGGAGGACAAAAUCAAGACAAACCUUCUGGCAGUAUCGCGGCAGAACAACCAAGGCACACUGAACCCAAUGCGAAGGAUUCACAAUCUAUCCCAGCUAUUAAUGGACAGAGUUCUUUAAAGCAGGAACCCUUUCCCAGAGAAGAGAAAUCCGUUGUACCACCGGUUCCUGUGCAAGCUGUUAUGCCACCUGCACCAAAGGAAUCUGCUCCAACAUUAUCUGCUGGAAAGGAAGAGCAGAAAUCAGUUGCAUGCCCUGAUAAGUCAGACCAGGACAGGGACAGUGAUCGUGGAAAGAACAGAACUCCUCCUAGGAAUGAUUUAGUGCUGGAUAGGGGAAAGGCGGUUGCACCGCAGGCUUCUGUAUCCGACUCAACCCAAAUUAAGAAAUCGGCACAAACAAGCACUGUUUCCCAGCCAAAGGAUGCGGCAUCUACUAGAAAAUAUUGCGGACCCCUAUUUGAUUUUCCUUCAUUCACUAGGAAACAUGACUCUUUUGGGUCAUCGAUGAUGGUAAACAAUAAUAAUAAUCUGUCACUGGCAUAUGAUGUCAAAGAUCUUCUUUUAGAGGAAGGCAUGGAAGUACUUAACAAGAAACGUACAGAAAAUUUAAAGAAGAUUGAAGGGUUGUUGGCAGUGAACUUAGAGAGGAAAAGGAUUAGGCCAGAUCUUGUGUUAAGGCUACAGAUUGAAGAAAAAAAGCUUCGCCUUGUAGACCUUCAGGCACGUUUAAGGGACGAGAUUGAUCAACAGCAACAAGAGAUAAUGGCAAUGCCGGAUAGGCCAUAUCGUAAGUUCGUAAGGCUGUGUGAGCGUCAGCGUAUGGAACUUGCUAGACAAGUGCAGGCAUCUCAGAGAGCUUUGAGGGAGAAGCAGCUUAAAUCUAUAUUUCAAUGGCGUAAGAAGCUUCUUGAGACGCAUUGGGCUAUUCGUGAUGCCCGUACUGCCCGCAACAGGGGUGUGGGUAAAUAUCACGAGAGGAUGAUGAGGGAAUUUUCAAAACGUAAAGAUGAUGACAGAAACAAAAGGAUGGAAGCCUUAAAGAACAAUGAUGUUGACCGAUAUAGAGAGAUGUUACUGGAGCAACAGACUAGCAUGCCAGGCGAUGCUGCAGAAAGAUAUGCUGUUCUCUCAACUUUCUUAACUCAGACAGAAGAGUAUCUGCAUAAAUUAGGAAGUAAGAUAACUGCUGCCAAAAAUCAACAGGAAGUGGAGGAGGCAGCAAAAUCUGCUGCUGCUGCUGCACGAUUGCAGGGUCUUUCUGAGGAAGAAGUAAGAGCUGCUGCAGCUUGUGCAGGGGAGGAAGUAAUGAUUAGAAAUCGUUUUCUGGAGAUGAAUGCUCCUAGGGACAGUUCAUCUGUCAACAAGUAUUACAACCUUGCUCAUGCUGUGAGUGAAACUGUGAUUAGGCAACCAUCAAUGUUACGUGCUGGAACAUUGAGAGACUAUCAACUUGUUGGUUUACAAUGGAUGCUUUCUUUGUACAAUAACAAGUUGAAUGGAAUUUUGGCGGAUGAGAUGGGUCUUGGAAAAACUGUGCAGGUUAUGGCAUUGAUUGCAUACUUGAUGGAAUUUAAAGGAAACUAUGGCCCGCAUCUUAUAAUAGUACCGAAUGCUGUUUUAGUUAACUGGAAGAGCGAGUUUUAUAAUUGGCUACCAUCUGUGUCGUGCAUUUUUUAUGUUGGAAGCAAGGAUCAACGGUCAAAAUUAUUUUCACAAGAGGUUUGUGCUAUGAAGUUUAAUGUCCUUGUGACUACUUAUGAGUUCAUCAUGUAUGAUCGAUCAAAGCUUUCAAAAGUCGAUUGGAAGUAUAUCAUAAUUGAUGAAGCACAGAGAAUGAAGGAUAGGGAUUCAGUCCUGGCCCGUGAUCUUGAUAGGUACCGUUGUCAAAGGCGCCUGCUUUUGACAGGAACACCAUUACAGAACGAUUUGAAGGAACUCUGGUCACUUCUAAAUUUACUUCUUCCUGAGGUUUUUGACAAUAGGAAAGCCUUCCAUGAUUGGUUCUCUAAACCAUUUCAAAAGGAAGGUCCUGCUCCAACCCAAAAUGGGGAGGAUGAUUGGCUUGAGACUGAGAAGAAAGUUAUCAUUAUCCACCGACUUCAUCAGAUUCUUGAGCCUUUCAUGCUCAGGCGUCGUGUUGAAGAUGUUGAAGGCUCACUUCCACCUAAGGUCUCGAUAGUUCUAAAAUGCAAAAUGUCCGCUGUUCAAAGCGCAAUUUAUGAUUGGGUCAAAUCAACUGGUACCCUUCGUCUUGAUCCUGAGGAUGAGAAGCGUAGGGUUCUAAAGAAUCCGGUCUACCAGGUGAAGCAAUAUAAAACUUUAAACAACAGAUGCAUGGAGCUCCGCAAAACUUGCAAUCAUCCGUUGCUUAAUUAUCCCUUCUUCAAUGACUUAUCUAAAGAUUUCCUAGUAAAAUCUUGUGGAAAAUUGUGGAUCCUGGAUAGAAUUCUCAUUAAACUUCAAAGAACAGGACAUCGAGUUCUACUGUUUAGUACCAUGACAAAACUCCUAGACAUCUUGGAAGAAUACCUGCAAUGGCGAAGACUUGUGUACAGAAGAAUUGAUGGUACAACCAGUUUGGAAGAUCGUGAGUCGGCUAUAGUUGACUUCAAUAGCCCUGAUUCAGAUUGCUUCAUCUUCUUGCUUAGCAUUCGAGCUGCUGGACGAGGUCUGAACCUUCAGUCUGCUGAUACAGUUGUUAUAUAUGAUCCUGAUCCAAACCCUAAAAAUGAGGAGCAGGCUGUUGCCAGAGCUCAUCGGAUUGGACAGAAAAGAGAGGUUAAAGUUAUCUAUAUGGAAGCCGUUGUUGACAAGAUCGCUAGCCAUCAGAAGGAGGAUGAAAUGAGAAGUGGAGGCACUGUUGACAUGGAGGAUGAACUUGCAGGUAAGGAUCGCUACAUAGGAUCUAUUGAGAGCCUCAUAAGGAACAAUAUUCAACAAUAUAAGAUAGAUAUGGCUGAUGAGGUUAUUAAUGCUGGACGCUUUGAUCAAAGAACAACACAUGAAGAGAGGCGUUUGACACUUGAGACAUUAUUGCAUGAUGAAGAGAGGUAUCAAGAAACUGUCCAUGACGUUCCGUCAUUGCAGGAGGUAAAUCGAAUGAUUGCCAGGAGCGAAGAGGAAGUGGAACUGUUUGAUCAAAUGGAUGAAGAGGAGGAUUGGAUUGAGGAGAUGACAAGGUUUGAUCAAGUACCCAAGUGGCUUCGAGCCAACACAAGGGAGGUGAAUGCUGCUGUUGCUGCGCUGUCAAAAAGACCGUCAAAGAACAUUUUAACUGGUGGUACAAUACCUGUGGAACCUGGUGAAGAAAGGAAAAGAGGACGGCCCAAGGGGAAAAAGCAUCUAAGUUACAAAGAAGUAGAUGAUGAGACUGGAGAGUACUCCGAAGCAAGCUCUGAUGAAAGAAAUGGAUAUGCACAUGAAGAAGGUGAAAUAGGAGAAUUUGAAGACGAUGGGUAUAGUGGUCCUGAUGGACCUCAACCCAUCGAUAAAGAUCAGUUGGAAGAUGGUAUACUUUGCGAGGCUGCCGGUUAUACAUUUCCUAGAUCUUUGGAAAGCGCUGGAAAUAAUCAGAUGGUUGAAGAGGCUGGUUCCUCAGGAUCAUCCUCAGACAGUCAAAGAGUGAUCCAGACGGUAUCUCCAUCAGUUUCCUCUCAGAAAUUUGGUUCACUUUCUGCACUAGAUGCCAGGCCAAGUUCCAUACCAAGAAAGAUGACAGAUGAGUUGGAAGAAGGGGAAAUUGCUGUUUCUGGUGAUUCUCACAUGGAUCAUCAACAGUCUGGCAGUUGGAUUCAUGAUCGUGAUGAAGGUGAGGAUGAACAAGUUUUGCAGCAACCCAAGAUUAAACGUAAACGUAGCAUGCGCGUUCGACCCCGUCUUGUUGCUGAUAAACAUGAAGAAAAGCCUGUCAAUGAAAUGGCAUCUCAUUUAGCAAUACAAGCAGAACAUAAAUAUCAAUCACAGCCAAUGGCCGACAUAGAAUCAAAACGAUUGGUUGAAUCCAAACCAGGCAGGCAUGAUUUAAAUGCAUCAUUAAAAAAUAAGCGAAGUUUACCUCAAAGGAGAGUUGCCAAUACAUCCAAAUUACAUGGCUCACCAAAGUCUAGUAAGGGUAUGUGUCAUCAAUCGACUCUUUCGAUGUCUCUUUCUACAAUGACAGUCUUUUUUGUUAGCGUGUGCAAAAAUGUAAUUAGCAAGCUACAAAGGCGAAUAGACAAGGAAGGUCAACAAAUUGUGCCCUUGUUAACGGAUUUGUGGAAGAGAAUUGAGAAUUCUGGGUACAGUAGUGGAUCCGGGAACAGCCUGUUGGAUUUAAGAAAGAUUGACCAGCGGAUUGAUAGAUUGGAGUAUAAUGGAGCAACAGAGCUUGUAUUUGAUGUGCAGUUCAUGCUAAAGAGCGCAAUGCAAUUUUACGGCUUUUCGCAUGAGGUAAGAACUGAAGCGAGGAAGGUUCAUGAUCUAUUUUUCGAUAUCUUGAAAAUCGCAUUUCCUGAUACGGACUUCCGAGAUGCAAGAAGUGCGCUUUCUUUCGCCGCCAGUACUGUAACAUCCCCAAGGCAAGGAGCUGUUGGUCUAGGCAAGAGGCACCGGUUGAUAAAUGAGGUGGAAGCCGAUCAAUACCCUUCACCGAAGCCACUGCAACGCGGUUCCGCUUCUGGUGGUGAAAACAGUCGGGUCAAAGGCCAUGGCCUGCAAAAGGAAUCAAGGGCCGGAAGUGGCAGCACCCGGGAACAGCUUCAGCCGGAUGAUUAUCCAGUGCUGACUCAUCCAGGUGAACUUGUGGUUUGCAAGAAGAGAAGGAACGAUAGGGGGGAGAAAUCAUUGGUGAAGCUGAGGACCGGCCCCGUGUCGCCAACUAGCAUGGUUCCGGCUAUGCGAAGCCCGGGGUCAGGUUCAACUCCUAGGGAUGCUAGACUAGCGCAUCAGUCUCCUCAUGCACAAGGGUUGGUUGGCCAGCCAUUUCAGCAGCCAAACGGCUCCGGUGGUUCGGUUGGUUGGGCAAACCCCGUAAAGCGGCUACGGACGGAUUCUGGGAAGAGGAGACCAAGCCAUAUGUAGAUUUUCUCUCAAAGAACACAAAGUCAUGGUAUAUAAUGAACAUAUUGCUCCUAGUUUCAGAAAGUUUUUGGUGGCCCUUAAUCUUGAUAGAGUUUACCCCUCAUACUGUUAAUAUAGAAUUUAGGCCUUGAGUUUGUAUUUUAUGGCCACCUUAAUGUACUUGAAUGUAACUUGUUUCUUCCAUUUUUCUUUGGAUAUCUGCAUCCUGCAGGUAUUGCUUUUCUUUUUAGAUAGUUGAAACUCUUGUAUAGUAAAUUCUCUGGUUCAUGUUAGUCCCUCAAAAUUUCCCCUCUACAAAGUGCUCUGGAAA